AUGGAGCGCGGGCUGCACCUCGGUGCGGCCGCCGCGAGCGAAGACGACCUCUUCCUGCACAAGAGCCUGGGAGCCGCCACGGCCAAGCGCUUGGAGGCGGCUUUCCGCUCCACGCCCCCGGGCAUGGACUUGUCCCUGGCCCCGCCGCCCCGGGAGCGGCCGGCGUCCUCCUCCUCGUCGCCCCUGGGCUGCUUCGAUCCGGCUGACCCCGAGGGGGCAGGGCUGCUGCUGCCGCCGCCUGGAGGAGGAGGCGGCGGCGGCGGGGGCGCGGGAGGCGGCGGCGGCGGCGGCGGCGGCGGCGGGGUGAGUGUCCCCGGGCUGAUCGUGGGCUCCGCUGGCGUUGGGGGUGACCCUAGCCUAAGCAGUCUGCCAGCCGGGGCCGCCCUGUGCCUCAAGUAUGGCGAGAGUGCGGGCCGAGGCUCGGUGGUGGCUGAGAGCAGCGGCGGCGAGCAGAGCCCCGACGACGACAGCGACAGCCGCUGCGAGCUGGUGCUGCGGGCGGGAGGCGCCGAUCCGCGGGCUUCCCCGGGCGCGGGAGGCGUCGGGGUCAAGGCGGCCGAGAGCUGCUCCAACGCCCACCUCCACGGGGGCGCCAGCGUCCCCCCGGGGGGCCCGGGCGGAGGGGUCAGCGGCGGCGGCGGCGGCGGCGGCGGCUGUAGCGGUGGCGGUGGAGGCGGCGGGAGUAGCAAGAAAUCCAAAGAGCAAAAGGCCCUGCGACUGAACAUCAACGCCCGGGAGCGCCGGCGGAUGCACGACCUGAACGACGCGCUGGACGAGCUGCGCGCCGUGAUCCCCUACGCGCACAGCCCCUCGGUGCGAAAGCUCUCCAAGAUCGCCACGCUGCUGCUCGCCAAGAACUACAUCCUCAUGCAGGCGCAGGCCCUGGAGGAGAUGAGGCGCCUGGUCGCCUAUCUCAAUCAGGGCCAGGCCAUCUCAGCCGCCUCCCUGCCUAGCUCCGCGGCCGCGGCGGCGGCGGCCGCUGCCCUGCACCCCGCGCUCGGCGCCUACGAGCAGGCGGCCGGUUACCCGUUCAGCGCGGGGCUGCCCCCGGCCGCCUCCUGCCCGGAGAAGUGCGCUCUGUUCAACAGCGUCUCCUCCAGCCUCUGCAAACAGUGCACGGAGAAGCCUUAAACACACCCCAGAAACACAAAAACACCAAUACAACCACCAAACAUCAGACCGACCCAAAAGCUAGAGGAAAGCAACAAGCUGCCCCCCGUCCUUUAUUUUGGUCCUCUCUUAGUUUUGCUUUCUUUUUUUUUUAAACAGUUGCAGGACAAACAAAGCAGAGGCAAGAACUGAAAAGUAUCUGAGACAAAUUGGACUUUCAAGCCGUGACAUCCUCAGCAUCUCGGUCCUUGGGGUGGGGAGGGUGGGAGGAGGGAAGU